AUGAAGAAGCUACGCGCGGGGUUCCACCUCAAGAGAACACACAGCAGCGAUGCUACGUCUCAUGCACACACGCCGCCUCCUGUUGACUCUCCCGAAGCAAAUGCCACCUCUGCCAUUCGACAAUUCUGUGAAUCGCCCGCCGACAACAGCGGAGAGGAAGUGCUACACCUGCCCGUCAUAGUCGAAGCCGCCGAGUCGUCACCACAAGCCGCCGCUGCCGCUGCUUACCAGAUCCGCAAAUGCCUGGCCAAAGAGAACAAGUCGCGCGUUCAAUACAAUGCCAUCAUGCUGAUUCGAAUCCUGUCCGACAAUCCUGGGCCAACCUUCACCCGCAACAUUGACGCCAAAUUUGUCGCCACAGUCAAAGACCUGGUCAAGAACGGAAGGGACCCGAGCGUCCAGCAGAUGAUGAGAGAGACAUUGGACUCGUUGGAGGCUGAAAAGAGCUAUGACAACGGCUUGUACGAUCUACUGGCCAUGUGGCGCCGUGUCAAAGGGAACGACGCCCGCAUUCUCCCACAAGGCGCAUAUCGCCAGAUUGCUCCGCCCAUGCCACAACACCCACCCACUCAAAGUCCACAGCCAAACGUGCUGCCAUCACCUCAAGAACUUGCUUCGCGAGUCGAAGAAGCCCGGAAUACUGCUAGGAUCUUGCUCCAGUUGCUUCAGAGCACUCCGCCUGAACAAGUCCUGAACCAAGACUUGAUCAAGGAAUUCUCGGAUCGAUGUCUGUCCGCUCAGCGUAGCAUGCAGGAAUACAUCAAUUGCACUGCGCCACCACCCGAUGACGAUACCCUCUUGACACUGAUCGAGACAAACGAACAACUCAGCCUGGCCAUUAGUAGACACCAGCGUGCUGUUCUUCAAGCUCGACGAAUCCUUGGUCAAUCUCCUUCUCCUGCCCUCGGACCCAACAACCCCUUCGCUCCUCCGCCAACUCAGCCUCAAGCUGCUCCUCAACAACAAUCGCUACAACCUUCUUCCUCCCUCUCGCACUCAACGAAUCCUAAUAGCACAUAUUCGCCAGUAUCCCCUGUUAACGAUACAUUUUCCCCUCCACCAGGGCCACCACCAGGUCAUACACCAGGAGCUCCGGCAUUGACUCCAACCAAUCCCUUCGCUGAUCCGAUCGAAUCGACUCACGACCACAAUCUGGACUACACAAGCCAUCCCCAGGAGCCGCGCAACUAUGGUCCCAGUAUAGAUACCAACUCACGUCCGGCGUAUGGCGGCGUCACUGAGAGUUACAUGGGUCGUCAGUAUAGUGCUGCCAACGGCCUUACCAUGCAUGGUGGUGUUGAUACGAGUACGACGGACGAUGUUAGUCCUGUUGAGCCGACGCAUUCGCAACGAGAGGUUAGGUAUAGAUAUUGA